AAUCAUCUCUCCAACCAUGGCUUCCAAAUUCGUUCUGAUCGUCGCUUCUCUGGCUUGCGUCAGCGCUGGAUACAUCCCGAGCGACCACUCCCAUCUGUCGUACGGUGUGGCCCCAGCUGUGAGCUACUCCAAUGUCAUCAAGAACGUUGCCCCAGUGCCAGUGCUGAGCAAGACCAUCCUUCCGGAGCCUCAGCUGUACCACGGAUACGCCCAGACUGCCCCGUCGGUUGUGGUCAGCAAGCCUCUGGCUCUUACCAACCCUCUGCCCGUGUCCUAUGCUGCCCCUCACUCUCUGUACCAGGCUCCGGCUCUCGAGUACACGAAGCCUCUAUCUUAUGGCCCAUAUGCCAAGACUGUGAUCGCUGCUGAACCAGCCUACGCCAAGACUGUGAUCGCUGCUGAGCCAGCCUACGCCAAGACCAUCGUGUCGGAGCCCAUCUACACCAAGAACGUGUUCGCUGAGCCGAUCUACCCGGCCAAGACGCUGAUCGCUGAGCCCGUGUACGGCAAGAGCAUUCUCGCUCAGCCAGCUCCGAUCUACGGUGGAAAGGUCCUGUCUUAUGGCCCGCAGGUCGCCUACGGAGGCUAUGGUGCCCAUGGCUGGUAAAUGUUAUGAGAAACGGUACCUUGUGAAUGUGAUAAAACCAAUAAAGCCAAAA